AUGGCCGACUCAACUCCAUUUCUUUCCCAACCAAAAUCGGACGAUUCUGAAGUUCCACUACUAGACCAACACUUUCGUAAUGCUCAUUCCCUUGAUUCAAUAAUCGAAAAAUGCAUUGGAGACAAGUUCAGUUGGACCCAAUUCCUCCAAGCUAUCGCUGUGUCUUUGGCAUGGUAUUUUGAUGCACAACAAGCAUUCAUAAGCGUCUUUGCAGACGCCCAGCCCAAAUGGCACUGCAACACUACUCAACCGAAUCAACUCAGUAUUGAUAACUCGUCCGUUUCCGAAUGGGCGCUGGAGUGUGCUGGAUCCUUCGUCGCGGGCCUACCGGCGUCGGCUUUCUUCGUUGGCUGCCUGCUCGGCGGGCUCGUCCUGACCACACUUGCCGACUCGCUGCUUGGCCGAAAGAACAUGCUUUUCCUCUCCUGCCUUGCAAUGGCCUUGUCCACACUCUCCACUGCCUUCUCCCCUAACGUGUGGGUUUACUCCGCCUUGAGAUUUCUUACCGGAUUCAGCCGCGCGACUAUCGGCACUUGCGCUCUAGUCUUGUCGACGGAGCUCGUUGCAAAGCAGUGGCGGGGCCAGGUGGGUGUGAUCAGUUUUAUUUUCUUUGCACUGGGGUUUCUGUCACUACCAGCCAUAGCUUAUUCAAACAGAGGCUCGUCAUGGAGAAAUCUCUACAUUUGGACUUCCGUACCAACAAUAUUUUACUGUGUGGUCAUUCGAUUCGUGGUUCGCGAGUCUCCAAGAUGGCUUUUUGUCCAAGGAAGAGCAGAAGAUGCCAUAGCCACGUUAAAAGGCUUAUCUCAAACAAACCAUCAUGAGAUCUUAACGAUGAAGUACUUUUCAAGCAUGCCCUUGGGAGAAGAUCGAACACCGAACGUGAGUCUUUAUUCGGCAAUCAAGAUCUUGGUGGAGAAAAAAUGGUGUUUUCGGCGAUUGUUAGCGGUUAUGACGAUAGGUUUCGGCAUUGGAAUGGUCUACUACGGCAUGCCAUUAGCUCUUGGAGACUUAUCUUUCAACCUCUAUUUGAGCGUCACUUUCAAUGCCUUAUCUGAGCUUCCUUCAUCACUAGUAACUUACUUGGUUGUUGGGAAAAUGAACAGGAAAAGCUCACUUCUAUUAUUCAGUAUCAUAAGUGGGAUUUUCAGCCUAAUGUGUGUGUUGAAAGGAAGAGCAUGGACAAGGCUACAGAUUGGUUUCGAAAUAGUGUCGUUUUUCAGUGCUUGUACGGCUGACAAUAUACUCCUGCUUUUCACGGUGGAGUUGUUCCCCACUUGCGUUCGGAACUCUGCGCUAUCAAUGGUGAGACAGGCGCUGGUGUUUGGAGGAGUGUUUGGUCCGCUGCUGGCCGCCGCCGGAAAGCGAAAUGGGCUACUUUCUUAUGGCGUGUUUGGUGUGGUAAUAGCAUGCCUUAGUUUGUUUGCCGUUUAUUUGCCAGAGACGAGAGGAAGAGCACUUUGUGAUACAAUUGAUGAAGAAGAGCAUAAACUAGAUGACAAAGCAGGUGACGUGUAG